AUGGAGCUGAAUCAGACAUCCCCACCUCCCACAUCUGCCGUGACGGACACCGAAGAAGAGAACCAGUGCAGGAUAGAACUCACUGACGUGGCCAUAGAUGGUGUCACCCUGCUCAUUGGCCUCUGUGGGCUGGUGGGGAAUGGGGCUGUCCUCUGGCUCCUCGGCUUCCACAUUCGCAGGAACCCCAUCACCGUCUACAUCCUCAACCUGGCCGUAGCUGAUUUCACCUUCCUCCUCUUCGUCAUCACCUUAUCCCUCCUCUACAUGGUGGACAAUGUCUCCUGCUCCACUGUCGUGUCCGUGAGGUACCUAAAGCCGUUCCUCCUGCUGUCACUGUUCUCCCACAACAUGGGGCUGUACCUGCUGACGGCCAUCAGCAUCGAGAGGUGUGGGUCCAUCCUCUGCCCGCUCUGGUACCGCUGCCACCGCCCCCAGCACCUGUCAGGGGUGAUGUGUGCCCUGCUCUGGGUCCUCUCUGUCGCUGUCAUUGCCACGGUGACUUCCCUAUGCCUGACACACAAGGAAGAGCUUUGCCAGAUGUCUCUCAUCUCCAUGUUUGUCCUCAACUUCCUCAUCUUUGCCCCACCCAUGGUCAUCUCCAACCUGAUCCUGUUCAUUAAGGUCCACUGUGGCUCCAAGAGACGUCAACCUAAGAGGCUCUACAUCGUUAUCUUCCUCACUGUCCUCUUCUUCCUCACCUUUGGGGUUCCUCUCAGCCUCUUCCACCUCCUGCAGCAGCUCAGCUACUCCUUUGUGUCCAUCCAGGUUGCUUUCCUUCUUGCCUGCAUCAACAGUAGCACCAACCCCUUCAUCUACUUCCUGGUAGGGAGCUGCAGGAGGCGCUGUUCUCUGGUGUCCCUCCAGGUCGCCUUCCGGAGGGUCUUUGAGGAGACGGCGGUCACCACGGUCUCCAGCUAA